GUCAUCGCAUCCUGUCGGCGUUUCUCUUCGUGGCAUCUCAUUGUUUUUCUUCUCUCGACUUUGGGUACGGGCCCACCUACAAAUCUCUGGCUUUUUAAGGAAACCCCUCUUCUCCCAAAUCCAGUAACAUUCCAUUUGUGCACCCGAAAGCAAUCGAAAUCUAACGAUCGCAAAAAUGUCAAUUCCUCUUCCAGGACAGAUCCUCACAUGCAAAGCUGCUGUGGCAUGGAAGGCAGGGGAGCCCCUGAAGAUUGAACAAAUACAAGUGGCGCCGCCACAGGCAUUGGAAGUCAGGAUCAAAAUCGCUUACACUUCCCUGUGUCGCACAGACCUUACUUUCUGGCAAUCAAAGGGCCAAAAUCCUCUUUUCCCGCGCAUCUUUGGACAUGAGGCAGCCGGAGUGGUGGAAAGUGUGGGAGAAGGAGUAACCGAUCUGAAGCCGGGGGACCAUGUUCUGCCUGUGUUUACAGGAGAGUGCGGAGAAUGCAGGCACUGCAAAUCAGAAGAGAGCAAUAUGUGUGAUUUGUUAAGGAUUAACACGGACAGAGGAGUUAUGCUCAAUGACGGGAAAUCGAGAUUCUCAAUCGGUGGAGAACCGAUUUAUCACUUUGUGGGUACAUCCUCAUUCAGUCAAUACACUGUAGCACACGUCGGCUCUGUAGCCAAAAUAGACCCUGCAGCUCCCCUAAACAAAGUGUGCAUUCUGAGUUGCGGUGUCUCGACAGGGAUGGGCGCUACAUUAAAUGUGGCCAAACCAAAGAAGGGUUCGACUGUGGCAGUAUUUGGUCUCGGAGGAGUUGGACUUGCGGCUGCUGAAGGAGCGAGAAUUGCUGGAGCUUCCAGGAUUAUAGGCAUUGAUUUUAACUCUGCAAGAUAUGAGAAAGCAAAAGAAUUUGGAGUAACGGAAUUUAUAAACCCAAAAGAUUAUCAGAAACCUGUUCAACAGGUAAUUGCAGACAUAACUGAUGGAGGAGUAGACUACAGUAUCGAGUGCACAGGGAAUAUUAAUGCAAUGAUUCAGGCAUUCGAAGCUUGUCAUGAUGGGUGGGGUGUUGCUGUUUUAGUAGGAGUGCCUUAUUCAGAUGCAGUUUUCUCUACCAAUCCUGUGAAUUUUCUGAACGAGAAAACAUUAAAAGGAACAUUCUUUGGGAACUAUAAGCCCAGGACAGAUUUACCACGUCUGGUGCAGAAAUAUAUGAAAAAGGAGAUCGAACUAGAGAAGUUCAUUACUCACGAAAUCCCUCUGUCUGAUAUCAACAAGGCAUUUGAUUACAUGAUGGAAGGAGAGGGCCUACGAUGUAUUAUUAAUAUGGAAGAUUAGACAGUGAGGAAAGUCUGAGCAGUGUGGAAGGUUUUGGUGCUGUAUACUUCCAAAGUAGAUUCUUGGAAUUUAUAGAACUGUGGAUUGAAAAAAGUUCCGCUAGUGAUCAGUACUUGCGAACGUUUAGCUUAGGCUUUAUAAUUAUUCAAUAAAAGAUUCAGUUGUGUUACUCUGUUA